AUGCCCUUCUUGCAGAGGACCGAGUCCGUUACACGUUCUGCCAUAGGCUCCUGUCCCGAUAUUUGUGUCAGUCUCGCCACUCAAACAGUGCUAUCUCUGGAGGGUUAUAUACUCGCGCGAGUUACUGUUGUUGAUUAUGGAGGCGAUAUACUCCUUGACACCCUUGUGAUUCCCCGAUCCAGAGUCAUAGAUUACUGUGCCGAGCGCACUGGAUUCAACGAGUCGCACUUCAUCGCUGGUGGUAAGAUUCGGUCUAGGAUAUCCAUAUCUAGGUCAUCCGAAAACCUCCCAGGUCAUAUCCUUGGCUUUGAAAUUACUCGUCAACGAGUGGCUCAGCAUUUGAGAGGGAAAGUCGUAGUUGGCCACCGACUUUGGGUGUCAUUGGACGCUCUCCGCUUGUCACACCCAGCAGACAAAACACGGGACUUGGCAACAUACUUCCCCCUUCUAGCUGCUUUGCCUUCAAGUUCCGAUCAGGACCUUCAGGAUGGCUUUCCCAUCUUGGUGCAGGAAUUCAUGCAUCGAACCAUUCGUAAGGGUUUUGAGAAUUCCGUCGAAGAUGCUCGCGCCGCUAUGGAUCUUUACAGAUCAUGCCGGGACAAUUGGGAGCACCUGAUCGCUGCAUCCUUCUGGCCAUCGCUCACACCCCCGCGCGAGUUUUUCCAGUGCUACACUUGA